AUGAGAGAGCUGAGACAUGUUAGAGCUAUGGAGAAAGUACAGGAGAAGAUGGAAGAAGGGAGAUGGUCUUUGAGACAACCAAAAAAAUUGAAAGCGCCACAUGUACCAAAAGGUCAUUGGGAUUAUUUGCUUGAGGAGAUGGAAUGGAUGCAAACGGAUUUCGUCGAGGAAAGACGGUGGAAACGAGCCCACGCUUUUGAAUUUGCACUCCAGAUCGUAGAAUGGCAUUUGGCCUCACCGGAACAAAAAUCUUCUCUCAUGGUUGGAGGAAGAGGUUGGAAUGAGAGUUCACACAUUCCUAUCCCAGGCAAGGCCGCCCCAGCUUCCCCAUCCGGAGAAGACGACGUGGAGAUGCUGGUCGGAGGUGAAGGUGAUGUGACUGGUGCUCAGGUGCUGCAGGAGAUAGCCGAGAGAGAAGAGGAGAUUGCGAAUGACCACGACACUGGUGCUUUCGGUGAAGAGGAUGCCGUUGGUGACAUAGACGCAGAGGGUGAAGAGGAUGCUAUUGGCGAGGAAGACGCAGAAGGGGAGGUGGAUGCGGAAGGUGAAGUGGAUGCUGAAGGAGAAGUGGACGUUGAAGAUCUUGCUGUCGGCCCAGAAGAUAUACCUGAUCCUGACAAUGUCAAUGAAAUAGACCAGGCAGACGAGCCGCAACCUGUGCCCGAGACAAAUAUCACCAGUGUAGGGGGUAGUGGGCGGUUUCGAAGUGUGGAAGAACUUCUCGCUGCUCGCCGUCCUUUACUUGAACUCCCUCUUGCCAAUUCCAUUAUACCACUCAAUCCAUCCUCACCGCCUCGUGAGCGAGACGUGAACCCAGACACGUCGAUCAUCGUCGAACCCUCAAAUGACCCUCCUCUGCACCUCACCGACCUCUUCCCCGAGCUGAAUGUUUACACUGGUCCCAUCCCUCCUGAUGACAAGCCAAAAUACCGCCAUGAAGAAGGUGGUCUUUCAACAAACCGUUUAGCUCAUAUAUCUCGCAUCAUGGAUAUUCGUCCUGUUUUCACAUCGACUUUACAGCCUGCGCAAACACAUUCGGGAUCAACUUGGGAUCUCCACGAUGGGCCUUGGCAGACGGAUAUGAAGGUUGAUCUUCCUUCUGACGCCUUAUCUAUCACUUGGCGGUUCAUCGACGGAUUUUCUUCUUCUCCUCCUCGUCUUGGACCACUCCUCCAUACUGCCUCAACUCAACACGUGAGACCUAAGCUAGAUUGGACUGAGGAGGAAGAUGUGCUGCUGGAAAAAUUAGUCAAUACGUAUGCGUCAAAUUGGGCUUUGAUAGCGGACAGUUUCAACACUGAGCUCAUUCACGCGGCGACGGAGAAACGUACGGCUUUUGAUUGUUCGGAUCGUUGGUAUUGGACUUUCGGACCUGGGAAAGGAAGACCGAGGCCAAACGCUAUCACCAUUCCUGCAAGUGCCGGUACAAGUGGACCUAUGUCUGCUGUCCCGCAAUCGGCCGUAUCCUCCACUUCUGGGCCUCCUGGAUCUGCUCAGCCUGGACCGCCAUCCUCUGUAUCUAUCUCAGUUCCGACUUUACCCAUUUCCUCAAAUAACACAGUCGGUGCACCUGGUGAAGGUCCUCCUCCCCCGUUUACCAGUAAGAGAGAAGCCAAAGCUGCUCAGAAGAGCAAGUACGAAGGGAGUAAAAGAAGCGUGCGACAUCAAGUCAUUGCGGAUGUCGUGAGGAAGUCUAUGAAGAGGCGAGAUGUACAAAGACAAAAGAACGCUCCCAAAGAUCGUGAACAACAAAGAGUCAUCAACGUUCAUGAAUCUCACGCUACUGCUACGGCAGGUACCAUUUUGACUCCUUACGAAUUGGUAGAGAAGAAAUUUCAACGCGAUCAACAUCAUCUUCAUCAACGUCAAGAACUCGUCAGACAAGAACAACAAUUACGUGCUCAUCAACUUCGACAACAACAAGCACUUUUAUCCGCUCAGCAACAGAUAAGACCUCCUUCUGUCCCCCCUGGUCAAUCUGCUCAAACGGGUGUUCGACCUCCAACGAUAGCAGUGACGAAUGGUAUGGCUCCUAGUCAACAACAACUUCUUAAUGCAGUUGCAGCAGCGAACAAUGCUAGACAGAACGGUACGCCAAACGGUGGUUCGAGACCAGUACAAAGUCCCUCACAACAAGUUCAAGUGACACAACAACUUCAACUUAUACAAGCGCAACAAUUUGCAGCUCAACAAGCUCAAGUCCGAGCUGCUCAAAUUGCCCAGGCUCAGGCUCAAGGUCAAGUUCAAGGUCAGAAUCAAGUUCAAAUCCCAGGAAAUCAUCCUAGAAUCCCAUCUAAUGGUACCCCUUCAUCUCAACCUGCAACGUUAACAGCUUCACCAUAUUCCGGACCUCAAGGUGAUCUUCCCAAUGCGGUCGAUACUUCACCUGCUAUGCCUCCUUCCAAUGUCAUCAUCGCUUCACCUCAACAGGCUCAAGGUAUGGGAAGAGUACCUUCUUUACCGCCACAUAUGAGAGGACCUAGCGGUACAAGUGUGGGAAGUCCUCAGAUUGGAAUGAUGCAACCUCAAUCAGGUGGACAGGGAGGAUCGAACAAUCAGGGGAAUCAAGCUAUGAUGGCGCAGAUUUUACAUCAUUUGCAAGCGACGGGACAACAACCUACGCAAGAGACUAUCAAAGCUAUACAUCAACAGAUGUUCCGGAAUAAAGCUCAAGCUCAGGCUCAAGCGCAGGCAAUGGGUAAUCCCGGUACACCUCAAAUGGGGAUUCAAAAUCUUCAACCUUCACACUUUGCUCGAUCUCCCAGUGUUCAAAAUGGUCAGAUCAGGAGUCCUAAUCCUGGGACGGGGGGUUGA